AUGAAGAUCGCAGCAACAUUUGCCGGCCUCCUGGCCACUGCAAUGGCAGUUCCUGUUGCCAACUCUGACUUGAUGGAGCGUUCGACUCCUAUCAACUACGUUCAGAACUAUAAUGGAAAUCUUGGUGCAUUCUCGUACAACGAGGGUGCUGGAACAUAUUCAAUGUACUGGGAGGAUGGGGUCAAUGGAGAUUUUGUUGUUGGGCUGGGUUGGAGUACCGGUUCUCCUCGGUCCAUUACCUACUCUGCAAACUACAAUGCUGCUAGUUCUGGCUCUUACCUGUCGGUUUAUGGCUGGAUCAAUAGCCCCCAGGCUGAAUACUAUAUCGUUGAGAAUUACGGCGAUUAUAACCCUUGCAGCGGAGCUACAAGCCUCGGUACCUUGUCUUCGGAUGGUGGCACCUACCAAGUUUGCACCGAUACCCGUUACAACCAGCCGUCCAUCACGGGUACGAGCACUUUCACGCAAUUUUUCUCCGUUCGACAGAGCAAGCGUUCGUCUGGAACCGUCACGACGAGUAACCAUUUCAAUUUCUGGGCUCAGCACGGCUUUGGCAACUCAUACAAUUUCCAGGUCUUCGCAGUGGAGGCUUUCAACGGCGCAGGAAGUGCAACCGUGACCGUGUCUGGCUCUUAG